AUGUUUGCAUCAUUAGUUAGAUAUGGGGGUUAUGUAUGGAAAUACAAUAAAAGAAUUUCAACAGCACAAAAAACCAAAUUAAGAUCAAGAAUGAAACAAGUUGAUGAAAAUAUUGAAAAUAUUUAUAAAGGACUUUUACAAAUUCAAGGUAAAUCAAAUGGUGAAUUAACAGGUAUUGAAAAAGUAGAUUAUUUAAAAUUUCAAUUUCCUAAAGAAAAUGAAAUGAUUGCUAGAGAUAAAUAUACUACUUUUAAUAAAAAUUGGAAAGAUUAUAGAAAACCUGUUCAUAGAGUUCCUAAAUGGACUAAACUUUCAUUCAGAGAAAAUCCAAAAUAUUUUUAA